AUGGGUCUCAAGUCCAAAAUGGAAGUCGAGUCUGGCAGCACUGAUCCAGAAUCUAUUACAUACCAGAGAACAAUGAGCGGUCUCGCUCAGGAUCAAUGCCAAUGUUUCUGUGGUUAUGGAGCUCGUGGAGUUCUGAAAAAGGAGUACGUCCGCCAAAUGGUAAAGUUAUCGGGAAGGCCGAAUAUAGCUUGGGAGGACAUGGUAAAGUCGCUACGGUUGACUCAAUGCAGCCAUAUUGUUACAUUGCAUUGGGCAGUCGACUCAGGGACGAAGUCCGAAUUGGGCUUUGCCGCUGACAAUCGUCGUGCAAACGUCAUCCUGACAAGAGCAUGGGCCUCUUUGAUCGUUGUAGCCAAUGGAGCUAUCAUAACUGUCUUGGGCAGAUCCGAUGGCGGUCUAUUCAGAAGUCCUGGUUCAUUGGACUGGUUGUUUUGAUGAUGUUCUGAUUGGGAUAGCUGCAGGGAUUGAAGGCGGAGGAAAUAGAUUAUAGACCUCUUUUCGGAUAGUAAGCCAUGCGACGGACUUGUUGAGGAGACAAUGACUUUCUGUCAGGCGGAGUUUGACAGGUGGUUUCUUUUCUGAUGAGGUAUUUUGCAUGUCAAGGUUGGAGGAGGUCUGAAUGGGUAGCAGGAAGGUACAAUAAACACGCUCUUGAGAUCCUUAGAUAUCGAC